AUGCAAUGGAUUCGUAAUAUUGUUCAAGAUCCUCGAGGUCCCAUGAAUACUUUUCAUGAGUAUAACGCUUCAAUCAGUCGUAUAGUUCAAGUUGAUUACGAUUUGUCAGGUCGAACUGCUAGUGGACGAGAGUGGACUAUUCGGUUUUCAAUCAAUGCUGAUUAUGCAAAUGAAGCAAGAGGAUAUCAACCGCAUUAUGGAGGUGAAGUUAAAUGGACAGGUGUCCAUGGACAGGGUACAGCUCCAGCUAUAUAUGCAUGGCUUGAGAGAGUGCCAACAGGCCGGCUGAAUGAUAAAAAUUAUAAAAUGAAGGAAUAUGGAACCGGUUCUGAGAAGAAGCAAUUUAAUGAUGGAGGUUCAGCCGAAUGGAAAAGUACGUCAAAAAAGACAGGAUAUUAG